CCAUCUCUCUUAAUCCUAAGCAUGACAGGAACCCUCCCUUUGUCCAGAGUAUCCACACCGCAUACACUAUCCACCAUUAGAUGCUCAUUAGUCGCCUCUGUGCUCAGACUGACUGACAUUGGAUCCUAGUGCUUGUAUUUAAUAACACUUAUUUUAUUUAAUCAUGGGUCCCUAAGAAGUGAUGCUGACAAUUCCGGCAUGACACCAAGAAGUGGUAAAGCACUGACUUUAAGUGAAAAUGUGCAUGUCCUUCACUUAAUGUGGCAUUUUAUCAUCUCACAUCAUCAUAAGAAGGAGCUCAAGGCUGGUCCAGGAAGAGAAACAGGUGGUUGAGGAAGACCCAGGCCCCAUCUCCUCCACUGAGGGGUAUGUGCCCCCUACCAGUGAGGGCCACAGCAGGCCCAACAUGAUAGUAGGCAUGCAGGGAUCUGGGGAUCCAGGGCACAUGGAUGGGGGAAAAAGGACUCCGCCUCUGAAGCCACCCAGGCUCCACAGGCCACUCAAGAUUUUAGACCCCAUCUUGGAGCUUGGUGGCCACAUUACUGCAACUGGGUCGAAUGACAUGGAGACCAAGGAGGCUGAGCCCAAGGCACCAGCUAAGGAGGAGCAGCUUAUUGAUGAAAAACCCUGCCCCAAGUCCACCAGUGAAGGGCAGGUGGGCCACAUGCCAGAGGGCCAUAGCAGGCCAAGUGAGACAGUGGCCAUGCAGGGGUUUGUAGAACCUCUAAACUUGGUUGGCCAUAAAAGGAUACCUCCAAAGAAGCCAUCCAGGCUCCACAGGCCACUCAAGAUUUCAGAACUCAUCUUGGAGCGUGGUGGCCACAUCUCUGCAACUGGGUCAAAUGACAUGGAGACAGAGGAGGUCGAGCCCAAGGUAGGAAUCCAGGAGGCAGAGCAGGCUCCUGAUUCAGCCGCUGUCCAACAUCUGGAGGAGCUGGAUGCAGGGUCAGACCAGGACGACAUUCCAGGCCAGGAGGGUUACCCAUCACCAGGGGUCAUUCAAUAUCCAGCAGCCACUCUAGCUGCAGCUGUGCAGUCAUGGCCAGGCUGUGCAGCAUCUGCUGAUCUGAGGGAGGCCCCAUCCCACCUGCCUGAAGAAUCCUCCUUGGAAUCUGGCCUGGUUCCCACCACAGGGGAGGAGCUACUUCUGUAAAAUGCACCUGGGCCACUUCUAGAGCAGGGUAUUGUUCCUCUGGCUCUUCCUCUCCCAUGUGAAGUUUUUGUCCCACCUG